UAUCUUCACCUUCAGUGUGCUGCGGUCCGCGGUGAUAUGUGGGUGUGUGUCUGGUGUCAUUAGGAAUAUACCGCUUUGUUGCAGUGACCCAGUGUUGGAGACUCACACGCCCACCCAUUAUUAUUUCACUUCAGCAGCCUCCAUGAAGCAUUGAACACCCAGCACUGUGCCUCCAGCUAAGUAAUCAGCCAGGGCAAGAUGCGGUGGCGGUGGCUGUGGUGGUCAGCGGUGGUGCUGUGUGGGCUGCAAGCCUUGCUGGCCUCGACGGCAACAGCCGAGGAGCAGAUGGACGCCCUAAGCCUUGAGAAAGCUAUCUUGGACCUGCUAACUCCACUCCUGGGGGAUGUGACCACGGCUCUCCAGGGCUUCAUUGACAUCGGCAAGGUCGGGAUGGGCGUGGUCAAGUUCAUCAGCAUCAUCACUGACCAGACUGAGGGUAAAUUAAUUCCUAAGAGCAAGACCCACCACAGACGUGUCCCCAGGCAGGCCUUUUAUUACUUGAAUAUAUUCAGUCUCAGUGCAGAGGACAUGAACUUUGGCUCAUAUGUUCCUUUGGCUGACAGGAAAAUGUUGGCAAUGUUUGAGGUGCUUUCUGAUCGCCUUGACCAAAUGGAACACGGUGUGAAUGGAGUUGCAAACUCCAUGAGAGACCUUGCCAACGGGAUGCAAAACAUGGUGCGCUGGGAAAUUGCCCUUAACACCAUGGAGGAAUAUAUCCGGCCCAUCAAUACUCUCUACAAGAGAUUCCGUCUCUACCAGCGCAUGAAAGACAAGAUUGAGGACCACACGCUUAUGGACUUUGCCAAUGCUGUUGUCUCCCAUGACUCUACUUCUGUCAUGUCUCUGAUGGGACGCCUGCACAGCAUGGCUGUGCCAAAGGCAGCGCAUCAAACAGCAGCCCUGGGAGGUGCAGUGUCUAUUUCAGCUUGGAAUGUGAAGGGAAGAGUUACCCGAAAGAUGGUACUACAAGAGAAACUGAUAACUGAAAACAUGGAUGACAGCAAUCAGCCCAAAAAACGUUCACUUCGACCGUCCCUGUUCCGAAUGUUUCAAGAUGCCUUGAGGACCAGCAACACCUGUCACCUAUACCAGUCACCACAGCAGCUGAUGGAAGGGUUGCACAUCAUCCUCGCCCUCACAGAGGCUCGAGGCUUUGCAAUGCUGGAGUUUGCAUGGAUGCUUUUAAGAGUGUAUAACGAAGGAAACUUUACAAUAGAGCAGGAAGUGGCAAAGCAGCUGUACCUGCAGUACUCAGCAGAUAUUUUGCAUGAAGCAAAAACUGUGCUGGAACAGUUACCUCGUGACUUCUACAGAUGUGAUCCACGACACCAUCGGGAAGGGGAAACGUAUAUCCAGUUGACCGAACUUCUGCAAGGCUACAUAGAGAAUGAAGUUGACAUGAAUUCUGAUGGUUCAUGCUCACAAAAGUGUGGGUAUUAUCAGCAUGCCCAAAGCGAAGGAUGCUACCUGCCCAGCUCCCAAUACUGUGGCAAGCAUCGCCGCUGUGGAGGAAUGAUACACGACUGUAGAUUUUAUGAUGCAGAUGCCACAGUCUGUAUUUCCAAAAAUCCCUACAGGAGGUAUGAUUUCAUUGCUUAUGAAAACCGUAAGCAUCUGGGUAGUCGCCAGAGAUGUGAAGGCACCGAAAUGAAGGUUGAUUCAUGGUGGAGAUUCCUCUAUCACUGUUCCUAUUGCUUAUGUCUCUGUGAUGAUGGAAACUCUCCUUCAAGUGAUCGCUACAUCAGUCUGGUUCCAGCAAUUAGUGACAUACAAAACAACAUGGUAGUGACUGGAGUGAAGUUCACCAAGCAGAGGCAGGUGAUCCACAUCCAGAUACAGCAAGGACAGGCUCUCCCCCAAGGGCAGAUCAACAGUACUACCAUUCAGUGGGUAAAAACUAAGCCCAUUCAAGUUAAGAGUGAGGCGUACACUGAAGGCCAAGACUACAAGAAAUUGUCUUUUGAAGAUCGAAGCAUUGAUCUGGACCGACUGGAAGGACCCAAGGAUCACGCUGUUACUGGUGUGCGCUUCAGGAUGCUUGGCUCACACAUUAACUUGGAGGUGAAAAUCACUCCAAUCAAUUACACAACUGGGGUAAUGCAGCCUGACAAGAGUUACUGGAUCAGUAAUGACAACACUCCUGCCAUGGCAAGAAGUCCACGUGGAGAACUUCAGCUCCACUCCCCUGAUGACCCCACAAAGUUCCCCGCCUUGUCCAAGAUUGACUCCCGACCAGACACCUUCAUGCGCUUUGUUCCCACUGACCGAGUGAAGGAUGUUGCUCAGCUCACUGUUCCUUUCUUUGACUCUCAAACUGUGGCACCAGCCCCUGGCACUUGGCUGUCAGGCAUAGAACUCUUCCAUAAAGGUCAGCCUGGAUCUGGAGGCUUCUUAGCAAUGAAGGUCAUGAACUAUGACAUGACCCUAUACAUGGAAGGCAGCAGCAAUGAACCCAGAACUGUAGUGUUGCCUGAGUCUCAGUAGCUCACUACUACCACUUCAGUUUAUUACAGAACCAUUUAAAGAUGGAUUGCAAGGAACAUUUUUUAAAUGUAUAUUAUAUUGACAGUAGUAUUCAAACAAUAAAAAAAUAGAUUUGAAU